CGUAUGUCGCACCUCUUCCUUCUGCUCCUCCUCCAAUCCGGCUUCUGUUUCCGGAAUGAGCGGAGAGAGCCCCCCUCCCGAACUGCCUGCUUCUCCCGGACGUGGAGCUUCUGCGCCGGAUUGCUGCUCUGCCCCGUAGCUCGGGGGGGGGCGCUUCGGAAAGGAAAGGCGGGGCGGCAGGGAGGGAACCCCCGCCCGGUGGAUGUUGCAGGAAAGGAGAAUCGGGAGCGAGGACAAAGAGGGCCUGCCUACACCUGCAGCAGAAUUCCCCAACCCACCAAGGAUUUGAGACCAUCUAUUCUCACCUGGUUUAGCCGGCCGGUUGAAGCCGUUCCUGGGCUUGUGACCCCUAUUCUAUCCUGACAGCUUCUGGAAGCCACAGUUCUCUUCCUUGAAACCCAAACAGGAUUCUCUUUCCUCCCAAUCUGAAGAAGGAGAUGGAGAAGACAGUCAGAACUCCAGGGAAUGGGGCACCUUUAGUUUCAUUAGGAAUAGAAAUUAAAAUGUGUGACAUGCAGAAUAUUCUUCAUUGAAUGAGCACACAUAGUUCACAUCAACAACCUCCAACAGGGGAGAAACCAUUUAAAGGUAUGGAGUGUGGGAAAAGAUUCACUGAUAGUCGAAAACUUAGAACACAUCAGCGGAGUCACAUGGGCAAGAAUGGAUUCCAAUGCAGGGAGUGUGGGAAGAACUUUAGUCAAGAGUGGACUCCUCAAUAUACACCAGCGGACUCACACAGGGGAGAAACCAUAUAAAUGCAUGGAAUGUGGAAAGAGCUUCAGUCGGAGUGAUGCACUUAGCACUCAUCAACGGACUCACACAGGGGAGAAACCACAUAAAUGUAUGGAGUGUGGAAAGAGCUUCAGUCAGAGUGGACACUUAAGUUUACAUCAGCAGACUCACACAGGGGAGAAACCAUUUAAAUGUUUGGAGUGUGGAAAGAGCUUUAGUGAUAAUGGAUACCUUAAAUUACACCAGCGGAUUCACACAGGGGAGGAACCAUAUAAAUGUAUGGAGUGCGGAAAGAGCUUCAGUUUCAAUGCAGCCUUUAGAACACAUCAAAGGACUCACACAGGGGAGAAACCAUAUAAAUGUAUGGAGUGUGGAAAGAGCUUCAGUCAGAGUGGACACCUCAAUAUACAUCAACGGACACACACAGGAGAGAAACUAUUUAAAUGCAUGGAGUGCAGAAAGAGCUUUAGUGAUAAUGGAAGCCUUAGAACACAUCAACGGACUCACACAGGGGAGAAACCAUUUAAAUGUAUGGAGUGCGGAAAGAGCUUUAGUAAAAGUGGAAACCUUAGACAACAUCAACGGACUCACACAGGGGAGAAACCACAUAAAUGUAUGGAGUGUGGAAAGAGCUUCAGUCAGAGUGGACACCUCAAUAUACAUCAACGGACUCACACCGGGGAGAAACCAUUUAAAUGUAUGGAGUGUGGAAAGAGCUUUGGUGAUAAUGGAAGCCUUAGAAAACAUCAACGGACUCACACAGGGGAGAAACCAUAUAAAUGUUUGGAGUGUGGAAAGAGCUUCAGUCAGAAUGAAAGCCUUAGGAGACAUCAACGGACUCACACAGGAGAGAAACCAUUUAAAUGUUUGGAGUGUGGAAAGAGCUUCAGUCAGAAUGGAGACCUUAAAUUACAUGAGAGGAUUCACACAGGGCACAAACCUUAUGAAUGUAUGGAGUGUGGAAAGAGCUUCACUUUCAAUGGAAACCUUAGAAUACAUCAACGGACUCACACAGGGGAGAAACCAUAUAAAUGCAUGGAGUGCGGAAAGAGCUUCCGUUUUAAUGAAAACCUUAGAAGACAUCAACGGACUCACACAGGGGCGAAACCAUAUGAAUGUAUGGAGUGUGGAAAGAGCUUUGGUGAUAAUGGAAGCCUUAGAACACAUCAACGGACUCACACAGGAGAGAAACCAUUUAAAUGUAUGGAGUGUGGAAAGAGCUUUGGUGAUAAUGGAAGCCUUAGAACACAUCAACGGACUCACACAAGGGAGAAACCAUAUAAAUGCAUGGAGUGCGGAAAGAGCUUCCGUUUUAAUGGAAACCUUAGAACACAUCAACGGACUCACACAGGGGAGAAACCAUUUAAAUGCAUGGAGUGCGGAAAGAGCUUCAGUCAGAAUGGAAAUCUUAGAAACCAUCAGCAGACACACAAGGGAGAAACUGUUUAAAUGUAUGGACUAAGAAGGAGCUUCAGUCAGAGUGGAACCCUUGAUUUAUAUCAACAAACUCAUACAAAACACAAACCUUAUAAAUAUCAGGAAAGUAGAUAAAGGUUCAGUCCUAAUGCAAGUUCUAAAUCAACAGACUCACGGACAGGAAGAAGUUUAGUACUUGAAACCCUUCAAACUAUCAACAACCUCAAAGAGGAGAAGCAGUUUAAAUGAAAAGAUUGCAAAACAUGCUUUAUUUACAAAGGAGUGUUUAAGGAACAUCAGGGACUCUCACAUGGACAAACCCAUUUAGAUGUUUGGAGUGUGGGACGUCUUCCUCUCAGAGUCCACUCUUUUCUUCACAGCAAUGAACUCAGCAGGACAUCACUCAUUAACACAUGUUGUGUUUGUGAAGUUCUGGUAUUUAUGCGUAAAAGUCUAUAGUAAUGAAAUAUUGAAGGCAUUGUCAAACAACGUGAUUAUGAUCGAAUGUUUAAAGUACCUUUCGACAGAGAAAGGGUGAGGGUUUAUCUGGAUUGCUGGUGGUCAGGGAGGAUUAGGGCUGGGCGAUGUAUUGUCCAAACUGGUUUCUAGACCACAUCAUGAUGACCUUCCAAAAACAAUGGAUAUGGCAACACACCACAGAUCCCAGUGUGUGUUUCUGGGAUGCUCAUUUGCCUGGAAGCAGCCGGCAGAAAGCUUUUCUUCGUGAAGCCCCUGCAGAUGCUGAGUUGCUGACUUCCCUCCCA